AAUGUAGUUAAUUAUUUUUUAGUUGUUGGAUUUAUUUCUAGGUAAUAUUUUAUACCUAAUUAAUAACAUGUUCGGCCAACACUAGAUGUAUUGUGAUGACACAAUUCGCGAUAACACAGUUUCAUUCAGACCGUUAUCGGCGAAACACGUGUACCUGACCUUUGAAACUUUUCUACAAUGACCGAAAAAGUGUGGCUAAGAUUCGAGACGAAAACAAAAGAAGGCACUGCACUGAAGCUGAGGAUACAAGACUUGCCUCCUGAGAGGGUUGACGAGGCCAUGGAGUUGAGGUUGAAACACUUCGCGGCGGACGAAGUCGUACACAAAGCAGCAGGUAUCACAAAGAAUCCAGAGGCAGUCGAGGCGUAUAAAGAAUAUUUGAAUAUGUUAAAGCAAGACCCAAGGCGUAGCACUGUCAUCUGCUGUGAAGACAACGGGGAGGAUGUUGGAGACAUAUUGGGGGUCUCAAGUGUCUCACUCGUCAACGAAGAUUUCAACUGGGAUCAGAUCUUGGAAAUGAUAAAGAAAUACGGGCGCGAGGAAACCAAAAAGUUGACCGCAGUCUUCAAAGCAACUUCGGAUAUGUACAAACCCGUGGAAGAAUUGAAUCUGAAAGAGUAUCUAGAUGACGAUACAGUACUGGUAAUGCCGGGUUACAGGGGGUGUGGAAUAGCACAGCAGUUUUUGAAAAUGAGACGCCUACAGUGUGCUGAAUUAGGCGUCUUCAAAACAGGAGGGUGGAUGACAGGGUACGGGACCCAGAUAGCGGCCGACAGGGACGGUUGGGAGACGGUCUUCGAGGUCAAGUACGACGACUUGGCGCGCGAACACGACCUGGUCUUCGAGGACGCACCACCAACCAUGAAGUACAUGAUAGCUGGACCGCUAACAAGUAGCGAGUAGUAAAUAAAGUAUUUGAAUAUA